AUCCCGCCUCUUUUUCCCAGUUCUCUCCUUUCCCUCGGAUUACUACUCUCGUCCUAAACAAAACAUAGUCAGCCGCCUUUCCCUUCUUGUGGGCAGGUCCCUUUUUUCCCUUUUCUUCCUACUUCUUUGGAUCUCCAAUCUGAUCGGCGCCACUUUGGUCUCCGCUCCUAGCCAAAGUCGAAGAAACGUACGAAUUAUAAUUACGGACAGGUUCCACACCAUCUUCCCCAGACAGUCUUUACAGAAUAUACCAUCUUCCUUCGACCGCCGGCCGGCUUAUUUUUUUAAACUGUUCGACAGAGAGUUACUUUAGGUUAAUAUACAUAAUCGAAAGCGAAGGUCAACUUGCUAGGAUGGUUUGGUCGGGUGCUGCUGUAGCUUUGCUACUUGCCUCGUCGGCGUUAGCUAGCGUGGAACCUGCGAUGGGAGGUAUGCUAAGUCCGCGCGCGGACGUAUUGGACGCAAGAUUCGACGAUGCGGAUAUCAGUUCCAAUGGCGAUUCGGUGGAAAAGCGACAGUCGACAACGACGAAUGAUUCGCAAUUGAAUAUGACUCAGUGGAACACCGACACUACAGCAGCUUGCGUAACGGCGCUGUCUCAGCUCGCUGCUGCUUCGAACCCUUCAGGAACGGCUGUUUGUUACAAUCUGUACAGCCUCGACACGAACGCUGGUAAAUUCAUGGCCGAUUUGCGCCUCUUCCAAAUAUCGACACCUUUCGGAGAUUUCGAAGGUAUUCCUCCAGAGGAUAUCUCCGUCGGACUUCAAUACAACGGAGCUUCCGUCUCGCCGGUUGGUCAGGGCGUGCAACCAGCAAAGACCUCCAAACGAGAAAAUUCGUCGCCUACCCUCCUCCAGUCGUACAUGUUCGUUGGUCAAAUAGAUCAGGCCAAAAUGGCUCAACCUAUGACGAUGGGUCUUCUGGAGGCGUUGGUAAUGCCGACUGUGACUCUAACGGGAAAGAACUUGGUGGGCCAGCAAGUCAGCACAAAUGUUUCUUCCAACGAGGCGGCCUUCGUUAAUGGAAUUUUCUCGACCGAGGUUGUCAUGUCGGAUUUCACCCUCGCCCAGUUAGCGGUCGAUAACAUCACUGCUCAACUGCACGAGGGCACAGUCGCAUUCGUAUUACCUGGUGUCAAUAUCCUCAUUUUCCCCGUCGGUCUCAUUAUCACUAGCAUCUGGCUGGUAAUCGGAGUUGGAUUUUACGCUUUCGGUACGUACGAGCGAUACAACUACCGAGAUGCGUAUAGGACAAGGAAGGCAAGAGCUGAAGGCAAGCCUGUGAAUGCGAGAAUAUAAAUCGGCCGCGACGUUAAGUUAUAAGGUGACCUGUACUGG